AUGCUCGGAUUGGCAAAGAGAAUCAACGCCAAGUUCCUCCUCACCAGUACCAGUGAGGUCUAUGGUGAUCCCCUCCAGCACCCGCAGGUGGAGACUUACUGGGGCAAUGUCAAUCCCAUCGGUGUCAGGAGCUGUUACGAUGAGGGCAAGCGUACAGCUGAAACGUUGACCAUGGAUUACCACCGUGGUGCCAACCUUGAGGUUAGGAUCGCACGUAUCUUCAACACAUAUGGCCCUCGCAUGUGCAUUGACGAUGGCCGUGUUGUUAGUAACUUUGUUGCUCAGGCACUGAGGAAGGAGCCCUUGACUGUUUAUGGUGAUGGAAAGCAAACCAGGAGUUUCCAAUAUGUUUCUGAUCUGGUUGAGGGUCUGAUGAAGCUGAUGGAAGGCGAUCAUGUAGGACCAUUCAACCUGGGUAACCCUGGCGAGUUCACCAUGCUUGAGCUUGCCAAGGUUGUCCAGGACACCAUCGACCCCAAUGCACAGAUCGAGUUCCGUCAGAACACCCAGGACGACCCACACAAGCGCAAGCCCGACAUCAGCCGUGCCAAGGAGCUCCUUGGGUGGGAGCCGAAGAUCCCCCUCCGUGAGGGCCUUCCCCUCAUGGUCAACGACUUCCGCAAGCGCAUCUUCGGCGACCAAGACACCGCCGCCACCACUGGAAACCAGCAAGGUUAG